AUGGAUAACACCACGUACAUUUCUAACGAAGAGGCAGAUCUAUUUCCAAAUGAAGCCGCUAAGAUUGUGAGCAUAGUGACUCUAGCGGUUAUAAUAUUCCUCACCGUGGUUGGCAAUCUGCUGGUAAUAUUCAGCGUUAUCGUGUUUGCAAGACUGCAGACAGUUACUAACUAUUUUGUUACAAGCCUGGCGGUAGCAGACUUCCUUGUCGGCGCAGUCGUUUUGCCGUUCUCGACCGCGUACAUCUACAUUCAGGAAUGGUUUUACGGUGUUACUUGGUGCAAUCUCUGGGUUUCCAUAGAUGUGUGUGUGUGCACGGCUUCUGUGUUGAAUUUGUUCGCUAUCGCCGUGGAUAGAUAUAUCGCAAUAACGUCCCCGUUCCAGUAUCACAUACGGAUGUCGCCCCGUAAUGCUGCCGUAGCUAUAGCGUUCGUAUGGGUAGCCUCUGUUAUGAUGUCUGUCUUCCCGAUUAUGUCUGGUCUUAAUACCACUGACUACAACAUACAGAACAUAGACACUCCAAAUGCAUGCGGUUUCGAGACCAAUCCCUAUUACACUGUAAUUGUAGGGAUCUUGGCUUUCUGGAUUCCACUAAUCGGCAUGUGUUUAGUUUAUUUAUCGCUCUUUAGAACCGCUAGAACGCAAGCAAGGCGAAUCGCCGCCAUGGACAAAGCGGUGGCUGCGAACAACCCCAACGGCACGCAAGCGAAGAGGGAACGAAAGGCCGCUAAAACACUAGGCAUUAUAAUGGGUUGUUUCCUCGUGUGCUGGGGGCCAUAUAUCGUCUACUGGACUCUUAGUGACGUCUGUAAAAUUAAUGUAUCUUACGAUGGUUUGAACGCAAUGACAUGGAUGGGAUACCUGAACAGUACUCUUAAUCCGCUCAUUUACGCAUUUUUCAAUAAAGAAUUUCGACGGGCUUUUCAGAAACUUUUGUCUUGUGGCAAAUGCCAACAACUACCAAGUAAAUGGAAGGACACGGUGUUACACGAGCCAACACAACUAUCAAACGCGGGUGUACCUAUGCACAUACCGGUUUCGGAUUCAUGA